ACUCAGAUGUUGGCGCGGGUUGUCCGCAAAUAGCUUGCUAGGGUUAAUACGCAGCCCACCCUCGUUUCUGCAUCUCCGCUCUCGUCUCUCCCUUCUAAACCCUAAACCCACCGUACUAUUUCAGAUCACUCCCAGAAACUCUAAUUCCAAAACCCUAAUUUCCCACUUUGAACCACUAUCAACCUAAUCUUGUUUCCAUCAUCUCUCACAUUCUCCUUAAGCCCCUUCUUCGCUUUUCCAAAAACACUAGUGUUUUUUUUCUUCCCAUUUUUGUCAAGAUUUGGUUGUUCUCUCUCUUUGUUUUUUGUUCGUUCCUCCAAACCUUCGUUUCGUUGUUAGCAUUUUGUCGAAACCCUAUUGUAUUGACAGCGCUCGUCGCCGUUUUGAGCUAUGUAUCUCUACAGUCUUACGCUACAGCAAGCCACAGGUAUAGUUUGUGCGAUUAAUGGCAACUUCUCCGGUGGAAAGUCCCAAGAAAUUGUUGUUGCCAGAGGCAAAGUUCUCGACCUUUUGCGCCCUGACGAAAACGGUAAGAUCCAAACGAUUCUCUCUGUUGAGAUUUUUGGUGCCAUUAGGUCUUUAGCUCAGUUUAGGCUAACCGGGUCUCAAAAGGACUAUAUCGUUGUUGGGUCUGAUUCUGGUCGAAUUGUAAUUCUUGAAUACAACAAAGAGAAGAACGUUUUCGAUAAAAUUCACCAAGAAACUUUCGGGAAAUCGGGCUGUAGGCGAAUUGUUCCGGGGCAGUAUUUGGCAAUAGACCCAAAGGGUCGUGCUGUUAUGAUUGGAGCUUGUGAGAAACAAAAACUUGUUUAUGUGUUGAAUCGAGAUACAGUGGCGAGGUUGACCAUAUCGUCGCCCUUGGAGGCUCAUAAGUCGCAUACUAUAGUGUAUUCGAUUACUGGGGUUGAUUGUGGUUUUGAUAACCCAAUAUUUGCUGCAAUUGAGUUGGAUUACUCUGAGGCGGAUCAGGAUUCGACUGGACAGGCAGCAAGUGAGGCCCAGAAACACCUUACUUUUUAUGAGCUUGAUCUUGGGCUUAACCAUGUGUCUAGGAAAUGGUCGGAGCAGGUUGAUAAUGGAGCAAAUAUGCUUGUUACAGUUCCUGGGGGUGGGGAUGGACCAAGUGGUGUUCUUGUGUGUGCUGAAAAUUUUGUGAUUUAUAAGAACCAGGGUCACCCAGAUGUACGAGCUGUCAUACCUAGGCGGGCAGAUUUACCUGCAGAACGUGGGGUGCUUAUAGUUUCUGCUGCAACACAUAGGCAGAAGUCGAUGUUCUUCUUUCUUUUGCAGACAGAAUAUGGAGAUGUUUUUAAGGUUACUCUGGAACAUGAGAAUGACCGCAUCUCGGAGUUGAAGAUUAAGUAUUUUGAUACAAUCCCAGUUACAUCUUCAAUGUGUGUUCUGAAAUCUGGGUUUUUAUUUGCCGCAUCAGAGUUUGGAAACCAUGGCUUGUAUCAAUUUCAGGCGAUAGGGGAUGAUGCUGAUGUGGAAUCUUCAUCGGCUUCAUUGAUGGAAACAGAAGAGGGUUUCCAGCCUGUGUUUUUCCAGCCUAGAGGACUUAAGAACCUUGUUAGGAUAGACCAAGUUGAGAGCUUGAUGCCAAUAAUGGACAUGAAAGUCUCAAAUCUCUUCGAGGAAGAAACUCCUCAAAUAUUUGCACUUUGUGGGAGGGGUCCACGUUCAUCUAUACGGAUUCUGAGGCCAGGUUUGGCCAUCAGUGAGAUGGCUGUCUCACAGCUUCCUGGUGUCCCAAGUGCAGUUUGGACAGUGAAAAAGAAUGUCAAUGAUGAGUUUGAUGCAUAUAUUGUUGUUUCGUUUGCAAAUGCUACUCUUGUGCUUUCAAUUGGUGAAACAGUUGAAGAAGUAAGUGAUAGUGGGUUUCUUGAUACUACACCAUCCCUUGCUGUUUCUUUGAUAGGUGAUGAUUCCUUGAUGCAAGUUCACCCUAGUGGUAUCCGACAUAUAAGGGAAGAUGGGCGUAUUAAUGAGUGGAGAACUCCUGGAAAGAGGACAAUCGUUAAAGUUGGUUCCAAUAGGCUUCAAGUGGUUAUUGCCCUGAGUGGAGGGGAGCUUAUAUAUUUUGAGGUGGAUAUGACUGGUCAGUUGAUGGAGGUUGAGAAGCAUGAAAUGUCUGGAGAUGUGGCUUGUUUGGACAUUGCCCCGGUUCCUGAAGGAAGACAGAGAUCUCGUUUUCUCGCAGUCGGAUCAUAUGACAACACUAUUCGUAUCUUGUCUUUGGAUCCUGAUGACUGUAUGCAGAUUUUGAGUGUGCAAAGUGUUUCUUCUCCUCCAGAAUCUCUUCUCUUUCUUGAGGUUCAGGCAUCAGUAGGUGGUGAGGAUGGUGCUGAUCACCCUGCUAGUCUUUUCCUUAAUGCUGGUUUGCAGAAUGGUGUUCUGUUCAGAACAGUGGUAGAUAUGGUGACAGGUCAGCUCUCUGAUGCUCGUUCCCGAUUCUUAGGACUGAGAGCCCCAAAGCUAUUCUCUGUUAUUGUGAGAGGCCGACGUGCAAUGCUAUGCUUGUCAAGCCGCCCUUGGCUUGGUUAUAUUCACCAAGGGCAUUUUCUGUUGACACCACUUUCUUAUGAGACACUUGAAUUUGCUGCCUCAUUUUCAUCUGAUCAGUGUGCUGAAGGUGUGGUUGCUGUUGCCGGGGAUGCGCUGAGGGUCUUUACUAUUGAAAGAUUGGGUGAAACAUUUAAUGAAACUGUGAUUCCUUUAAGGUAUACACCGAGAAAGUUUGUUCUUCAACCCAAGCGAAAAUUAUUGGUAGUUAUUGAGAGUGAUCAAGGAGCAUUUGCAGCAGAAGAGCGUGAAGCCGCUAAAAAGGAAUGCUUUGAGGCUGCUGGAAUGGGGGAGAACGGGAACGGUAAUGUGGAGCAGAUGGAGAAUGGUGGUGACGAUGAAGAUAAGGAUGAUCCCCUCUCUGAUGAGCAGUAUGGUUAUCCAAAGGCAGAGUCUGACAAGUGGGUUUCUUGCAUCAGAAUUCUUGAUCCUAGGACAGCAACCACAACUUGUCUGCUGGAGCUUCAGGAUAAUGAGGCUGCAUUUAGCAUAUGCACUGUGAAUUUCCAUGAUAAAGAGUAUGGAACUCUUUUAGCUGUCGGUACAGCAAAGUCACUGCAGUUUUGGCCCAAAAGAUCUUUUGAUGCGGGUUAUAUUCAUAUUUAUAGGUUUUUGGAAGAUGGGAAAUCCCUUGAAUUAUUGCACAAGACACAAGUGGAAGGUGUUCCUCUUGCUUUAUGCCAGUUCCAGGGAAGAUUACUUGCUGGAAUAGGAUCUGUGCUCAGAUUAUAUGAUUUGGGGAAAAGAAGAUUGCUCAGGAAAUGUGAGAAUAAGCUGUUUCCAAAUACAAUAGUCUCUAUUCACACUUAUCGGGACAGAAUUUAUGUAGGCGACAUUCAAGAGUCAUUCCAUUAUUGCAAGUAUAGACGGGAUGAAAAUCAACUGUAUAUAUUUGCUGAUGAUAGUGUUCCAAGAUGGCUGACAGCAUCUUACCACAUAGAUUUUGACACCAUGGCAGGAGCCGACAAGUUUGGGAAUAUCUAUUUUGUGAGGUUGCCUCAAGAUGUAUCGGAUGAGGUUGAAGAAGAUCCCACUGGUGGGAAGAUAAAGUGGGAGCAGGGGAAGCUGAAUGGUGCUCCCAACAAGGUAGAGGAGAUAGUACAGUUCCAUGUUGGUGAUGUGGUCACAUGCUUGCAGAAGGCAUCUCUAAUACCAGGUGGUGGAGAGUGCAUCAUCUAUGGGACAGUGAUGGGGAGCUUAGGGGCGUUGCUUGCGUUCACCUCUCGGGAUGAUGUUGACUUCUUUUCUCACUUGGAGAUGCAUAUGAGACAGGAACACCCACCUCUGUGUGGAAGAGAUCACAUGGCUUACAGAUCUGCUUAUUUUCCUGUUAAGGAUGUGAUUGAUGGGGAUCUAUGUGAGCAGUUUCCUACACUGCCUCUGGAUUUGCAGAGAAAAAUUGCAGAUGAAUUGGACAGAACUCCAGGGGAGAUACUGAAGAAACUUGAAGAAGUUCGAAAUAAGAUCAUUUGAGAAGUAUCAGUUCAAAGGUGCUCUCUUGAGUUUGUGUUCAAAAUGGAGAAACGCCGUAUGGAGUUGCACUAACAAACGAAGCAUGCUAGUUGUUCCUAGACACUAGAAUAGAUAAUCAGAAGGCCAUGAGACACCUAUUUACAGAUGGAAAAAAAUCAGCGCCUGGGAAAGCUAGAAGUGCUGGGAAAGAAAACCCCCCGAAAAAAGGAAUAGCUGCAGCUCAUUAGCCGAGCCUUCCAUUUCUUAUGUUGUAAUUAAGCAAUAACAGAUUUUAUUAGGUCUUUCUUUUUGUGGAUUUGUUGUUGAUGUUGAUCCUCAGAUUCCGUCUCUGCAUACUCUGUUCUUAUUCUCUGGAACACUACCUGUCCCAUUUCCUCUGCAGAAAAUAGAUGUUCAAGAUUUUCUUACUAACCAACCAGGUGAUUGAAUGGCCAUGAUCUCCAUCCUC